AUGGACAUCAGACAAACUUGGAUGGAGGAACGUCUAGUAUGGAACAAGGAUGAAUACGGCGGAAGCGAGUAUAUUCAUGUCUCGUCCGAAGAAUUGUGGAAUCCUGAGAUAGUCCUGUACAAUAAUAUCGAUGGAAUGUUCAUGCCGUCUCUAGCAGAGACGAAGGCUAGGGUUGAUUGGUCAGGGAAAGUAACGUGGAAUCCGUUGUCGAUAUACAAGGCGCACUGCGAUCUCAGGGUCAAGCAGUUUCCAUAUGAUAUCCAGGCGUGUACUCUCAUGUUUAAAUCGUGGGUAUACGAAGAGGAAGAGCUGGAUAUCCACUUCGAAGAAUAUGCUCAAGAGAACAUGGCAAAGAUCCAGUCUCAUAUAGAAUGGGAAGUGAGUGGAGUGAAAGUGUGCUUCACUGUUUUUCUCAGUCGUUUGCCGCUUUAUUAUACGCUGUAUAUAAUCGUCCCAACAAUUUGUGUCACCGGACUGGUUGUUUUUGUCUUUCAUUCUCCCUCAGUAGGUGGCGAAAAAGUGACACUGUCAAUCUCAACCCUGUUGACUCUCACUUACUUUCUGACUCUCGUCUCCUAUAUCACGCCAAGAUCUUCUUAUGAGGUUCCUAUCAUUUCAAAGUACCUUUUGUUCUCAAUGAUCCUGGUUGGACUGAGUAUCGUUACUUCUGUAAUCGUCUGCAAUAUCCAUCAUCGCUCACCAGCAACCCAUCAGUUUCAUGGCUGGAUCCGUCACAUCUUCCUCAAUGUGCUCCCAAGAUAUCUGCUCAUCGAACGACCAAAGAAAGAAAAACCAACUUUCCCGAUCGGAUACAGAUUUUCAAUCGACAAGGACCAGAUUGACUUACUCACACAUGCACCUCAGCAUGCAAGUGGACCUAAAGACAUGCCAAACAGAGCUCCAAGACCGAGUGUUUUCGAGAAAAAGAUUCUGACAGCAAAAGAGAUUCGGGAGAUCUCAGGCUCAGGGGCGAUGAGGGACAGUGAUACAGAUGAUGAAGCAAUGAGCAUUAUUGAAGACGUCGCUAGAAGAGUGGCAGAGGCUUCCGAGAUGAUGCCUCGAAGAGAUGCUCACAGAGGAUCAACAACAUCAAUCACAUCAGGCCGCCAACGACGCAUAAGUCGGCAAUCAAAAAUCAUGGCUGGAAUUUCGAUGGACAGAGUCAUCUACAGCAAUAGAAUAAUCCGAAUGAUAGCGGAUCAUGAGAAGGAAGAAGACGAGACGAGCACGCAACUCGAUGAUUGGGCUUUUGUAGCGCUUGUUAUCGAUAGAUUACUUCUGAUAUUAUUCGGCAUUAUCGUUCUUAUGGGAAGCUUCGGAAUUUUCUACCGAUUCAUCUUUAAUUUCAAGUCGAUCGAGAUUCUUCAUGAAGAGCACUACUCGAGAAUAAAAACUCCGACUCUUCCAUAA